ACUUUUUACUUUUUUUUAUUUGGAGGGAGAGGAGGGCAUGCUCUCCUCGUCUCUGGAGAACACUUGCAAAGAGGAGAAGAAAGUAGAAAGACGAGGGUGAGCGGCAGCAGCAGCGACACACACAUACACACACACACACACACACACACACACACACACACACACACACACACAAGGAGGGAGAGAUAAUCUUAGAGAGUAACUUGUAGAUGUUUGAUCAGGCCACGACUAUGGGCGAUGGGAGCCACCGCUGUGGACCCAACCCGCUGUGUCCGGACCGGAUGGAGACAAAGUGCCGCGCCGAGAUAGGGAGCAGGUCCCCGGUUCAGAGCUCCACCGACACCCCGGGGACAUCAGCGUCCACGCCGACGUCCUCCAGCGAAGACGGACACGACAAACUUUUGGGAGUGGACCCUGACUACUGUCGGAGGAUAUUAGUGAGAGACGCCAAAGGCACCAUCCGGGAGAUCGUCCUGCCGAAGGGCCUCGACCUGGACCGGCCCAAGCGCACGCGGACCUCCUUCACGGCCGAGCAGCUGUACCGGCUCGAGCUCGAGUUCCAGCGCUGCCAGUACGUUGUUGGGCGCGAGCGCACCGAGCUAGCGAGGCAGCUGAAUCUCUCCGAAACACAGGUCAAGGUGUGGUUCCAAAACCGCCGGACCAAACAGAAGAAGGACACCACCAAGGAUUCAGACAAACGCUCCUCCUCCUCAAACGAGUCCUUGGCCACCUGCAACAUCCUGCGCCUCCUGGAGCAGGGCCGCCUCCUGUCGGGCCCUGCCCCGCCUCCUAACUCCCUCCUGGGGCCGCCACACCCAGCAAACGGCUCCCUGCUGAGCAGCCCAGGCGGAGGCUCCUCCACCUCUCCGGGAAUCAGCAGCGGCACUCCUCCUAACUCUCUACCAGGGGGGACUUUUGGGCUGUCGCUGCCCUCGCUGGGUGGCACCCCACCCUCACCGCGGCUGGGCGUGCCGCCGCCACACUCUCUCUGCUUCUCCAUGCCGCUGCUGGGGGGCGCUCAUCAUGAACUGACGUCCGCCUACGGCUGCGGUUCCUCAGCUUUUGAGCCGUACAUGCGGCUGGACAGGAAGGAGGCAGAUCUGGGAGGGAAGAAGACGGUUUCUUAAGUAAUGUGUCCCUCUUUAAGGACAUCAGGGGACUUGUCUUUGUCAGGCGUCUCCGCAGUCGUUCACCCCGCCGCCUGUUUGACACUUGAGCUUCAGCAGACGGGGAAAGAAAGCGACCUGGACCAUGAGAAAUGUGAAAUAGGAAGAGACCAGGUUCCUUGUGGCACCAUUUUGUGCCACAGCACUGUUGAGCACACUGACACAAAAUGGUGGAAAGGACAUGAUGUGACGGAGACUCUCCCACAUUAAAAAACAAAACUUGUGAAUUUUUGCAGAAAUGCCGUGUGUGUAUGUUGCGUGAACCCUGACAGACAGAUGUUUUCAUCACCACUCUCUUCGCAGUGGUUUCAAGUGACUCUUCACUUUUUGUCCAGUGAGUUUGUGUGUGUGGUUUUCUCUCUAUACAGGCCUUCAUUUACUGUUCAGGAAAAAAAAAAUACUUGACAUGGAUAGUUCAGACUGAAUCAGUGUCUGAAUGAGAAGAGUGGUAUUUCAAAGAGAGCAGUUUGUACACAUUUCAGUACAUAUUCCCGUACAAGUGGCCAUGUUUGAUUUUAGUUAAUGUGCUAUCACGAUAUGGAAGAAACACUGAAAAAAAAAAAAAAAAAAAAGAAUCGUAGCAUUUUAAUAUCAGUCUGUUUGGUGUCCAGCAAUAGUUUUCGUAAAUUCUUUAUUUGGUUGUGUUUGUGUAUGAAAUAAUAAUGUGGUAGGAUCUGGACAAAAUGGUGCAAAAAUCACAUAUCUAGAUCCGAUAGUUUAAUAUAAAAGAACAAGAGAGGAAGACGCUUUUUAGACUCUGCCAAGGCAUUUAUGGAUUAAGCUUUGGAGCUGUCCUCCAAUCACUGAGGCAAGUUAGAGAUUUGACUUUUGAACCCAGAUUAACUUUUAAGUCUCUCCUUCACUGAAACGCCUAAUAGACACUUGUUUAAUAAGACUCAAACAUCUGGCCGAGUUUGUUUAAACAUUUUUUUAAUUCACAGAGCUGAGUUUGUGUAGUCUGAAAAUGAAAGCAGCUUUAUAAGUUAGUCGCAGUCGAUACUUGAUCCAGAGAUUUCUGUUUUGCAUCUUGUUUUUCAGUGUGGUCGGGACUACAGCUGCGACAAGUGGUUGAAUAAAAAGUUUAUCCGCAGAACAUUAGUCUGCAGCAAAAACACCCUAAAAAUUCUGCUUUCAGAAAAAGUGACAAUUUGCUGUUUUUCUUUGUCAUAUAUGACAGAAAAUGAUGAUGAUUAAUUCGGAAAAUAAUUGGCAGAUUAAUCUAGAAUAAUUAUUGUCUUGGACAAAUAUGUGACGUCACAAUGAGCUAUGACACCUGUAGAAUUUGCUGCUGUUUUAUCCCAAUGUGAUCUCACAGAAAUACGUGAAAUGACCACGACAUCUGAACACCGCAUGGCGUGGUGGUGACAUGUAUUGUGUUAAAAUUAUAUAGUGACGGCACGGUUGUGUUUAGGCACCAAAACUACUUGGUUAGUUUUAGAAAAAGAUCAUGUUUUGGUAAAAAGUCCAGUGUGUAGGUUUUUAGGAGGAUGUAUAAGCAGAAAUCACAUAUAAGAAGUAUGUUUUCCUUAGCGUAUAAUCACCUGAAAUUAAGUGUAGUCAUGUUUUCGUUACCUUAGAAAGAGUUGUUUAUAUCUACAUAGGGAGCAUGUCCUUGCUCAAGAGAUCGCCAUGUUGCACCGCCAUGUUUCUUCUGUAGUUUGCAGCCGCUCCGACCUUUUAAAUUGCUUUAUGCAGUGUGUUUACAUGUGUUAAUCACCUGGGGUUGCAUUUUUAAAACUACGUGUAGGUUCCAUAAUCAAAAUGUUUGUACGGACAAAAGCCAGUAAUGGUGUGUGCCAAAAAAUAUUCGAGAAUUUCUACAAUCAGGCUUCCACCUCACCAUCUGUGUCGCCAAUUUCCUGUCUCCAAAAUGUUUGUAAGCAUGGGUCAAAGUUUCUCCCAUCAAUCCUCUUUCAGGCCUCGUUUUGUGCGUAUGCAAUGUCUAUAAAUGAGACCCCAGGUACAUUAGUUUUUGAGAGGAAGAGACCUCUGUGGAUAAUUUGGCUCCCGGUGAAAACCUCCUGAACAAUGAACACUGAAGGAAAUCUAACCUGGAGAAGUUUCAGCUAGUUGCAAUCUGCAAUACUCACCACUAGAUGCCAUUAUAUCUGCCUAAAUCUUACACACUGGACAUUUAAGAUAACUGCGUCUGUUACGCACGAGACGACUUUUAGUUUCACACAGGAUGAUCACAGUGGUCUCCAGGGUUAAAGUCCUACAUUUGUUGACCCAUCCAUCACCCUGACCUCCUCUCUAUGUGAACUUGUUGCUCUUUAUACAACCUAUGGGGUCGUAACAUGAUCCACCACCCAGUGCGUCACGUCCUUGAACCAGGGAGGGCCGCCAAGAUAAAGGAUGCUAACUGGCAUGUAAUUUCACAGACCGCUAUAAUACACUGUUGAUACAUAUACCAAAAUUCGUAUGUAUCCUACGUAAUCAUAAGAUGUAAUUUGUGUAUUACCGACAUAUUUAGGAAGGCUGCCGUCAUGUUACCAAUGCACUGAUGGGAGUGAUGAAGGAAGCAGUCCCCGUGGAGGUUGUUUGAUGGUCAACACAACACAUGACUUUCCCCAGGAGACAGCUGUUAAGACUGUAUGAAACCAAGUGAGCUUUGAGUAACUUUAAGGUACAUUGUCACCAUGUUUCUUUUCCUAAAUCUAACCCAUGUACAUAAUGUCAUUCACGGGGCGCUAAUUAGUCAGAAAUCAUACAAACUAUUGUAGAAGCAUGCACUGAAUUUCAACACAACCACCAUUUAUUGUAGUGUUAAGAGGUUGUCGUCAUUUCCCGUAUUUCUGUGGGACCAGGAUGGUUUACCCCAGCAAUGUUCUUCGUAUUUUGAAGUUGCCCAUUUCAUGGUUUACAGCAACAUCACAACUAUCAGACGUUCUGUUUCAUCAGGUCAUAUCCACAAUCACAAGAAUUCUGUUAUUUUUACACAGGAAACUUUCUCUGUGUGCACAGACUUCAGAUGCACACAUCACGUCUUUUCGAUUAUAUUUAGUUUUAAUUUAAAUUUGUGUUUGCGCCAUGUUUCCCCCUUGUCGAUGUUUUAGGAUGACUUUUGGCUCGCCCUCCUGUUAGAUUUCAGCCCGUCUUCAAUGAAAACAUUUCCUCAGCUUGCCCCGAAUUGAAAGCACUUUACGUUUGUAGGUUUUUGUACCUCCUCCUGUAUCUCCUCCUGUUAACUCCUUAUUGAACGCAGACUGAAAAACCUCCCAGCUUUAGUAAGAGUCAGGGUUUGGAGUCGGUUUAUUCUUAGAAAGGUAUUUUUCAGAGUUAAAGCUAGAGACCACGCCCCUUGAUUUGACCUCAAAUUAACCUCAAGAUCCAAAAUCAGCCCACUUUGAGAUGCACCUUUUUCAACAAACAUUAAAUUCAUACACGACAGACUGACAGAAGAAAUAAAAAAGAUCAGCUGUUGUAUUUCCCCCGUAUAAUUCCAUUUGUCCAGGUUUCCCUGUUGUCCAAAGAAAAUCAAAACACACCUGCAAGAACCUGCAAUUCUCGACAGUUUGCCCUCAAUCUGUGUGUGUCACAAGAGUUCUCGCCCCCUUUCAUAACUUCCAUCCUCGUCCAUUCGCUGCGUCUCAUUUUCACCUCUUAUUUCACCGGGUGUCUAUUUAUUCCCAGGUUUCCUCUCAUUGUGAGGUUUAAUACGUUUUCCCGCUCCUUUUCUCUCACGCUCGCUGAAGGUGACUCGACAUCUUUUUAAGAAGACAUUCCUGUGACAUCAAUUUACAAAAAGCUGCUCACAAGUAAAGGCCAGGCUAUGUCUAAAACAUGUUUCCCUCUGCAGAUAAAUGCAUGGAAAGGUUCUGACCUCAGCCUAUGAAAACUCCCCCGCCCCGUCUGGCGGCUCAUCGGGCCUUUUUGCACCUGUGUAGCGCCGGCUGGUAGCAGCUGAUUUGUUGUUGUUGUGUUCAGGCCCCAGUAGCGCCUGGAAAACCCCUGUCAUCCACUCAUGGCUCUUUGCAGCGGUGUACCUGUGCUGUUGUUGAACACUGUAUUAUUUUCUAUAAGCACCAUCCAUAAUUCACACGCUGCGGCAUCAAAUAUUAAGCAGAGAGAUGGAGCUGAGAGGUCAGGAGGCUUGCUUCUCAUGUAAGGCCGGUGUACUCUUUCACAAACCCCCCCACCCCCUCCCACUCACCAGAGGGUAGAAGUUGUUUUCCUGCUGUGUCGUGAGCAAAACAAAGUCUCUGUUCCCCCAUUUUUUGCUGGAAUAUUUAAUUUUUUGUUGCAUGAUUUAGAGCUCAACAAGAUGUUAGAUGAAUGAGCUCUGAACCUGCUGAAAAAUGUUCUUAAUUGAUCCAAUUUUAAGUGACAUGGAGAGGAAUAUGAGACCUUUAGAAAAUAGAUUGUUAUGGUUUAGUGGUUACAAAAGAAAUCUGACGCUCCACAUCUUCCCUCGACAUUCAGAAUCAGCACUUGACUCCAUAUUCUGUCACUGUACGGUGGUGUUUUGUAAUGUAAAUCUGCAGUUACUGUAUUGUACGCUCAGUCAUGACGAGGCUGCUCGGGAGCAGCUACUAGGAGACAGUCAAAGAAGUGAGAUGCCACUUCUCUUCAACAGACGCUUUGUAAAGCCUUGCAUCAGUUUAACAAAGCCUUUUCUUUUCAUUUUAUUUUGUUUUUCCUCAGUUCUUCUUUAAACUUCUUUUUCAGGCAGUUUCUUCACAUUCCAGCUGAGUGGACAUGUUGCUUUCGUUGUGUGCAAUCUUUGACAUCUUGCACUUGUUUAGGUUGCCACCAUCUCAUGGCUCUGAGUUUCUCUGAUGGGUGAAGCCCUUUGAGAUUGUGUGGAAAUGUUCCUUUAUUUUAAAAUAUGCUUGGUUUAUUUUUUUCUUUAUGCACAGCCAAGGUCCUGCAUAGGCCAUAACUUCUUUUCUUUAAGCAGUAAAACUUAAUGUCAAGCUAAUGGCACCAGCUACUACUUAUGAUGAACAGACUCUAUGUACAUAGAUAUAAAUUUAUAUAUGAAUAUAUAUAAAUGGGUCUUUGCACAAGUUAUCUCCAUGUCCGCUCCAUGUGAUUUUAACAGGAAAAACAAAAAUGCGACGGAAGAUUCAGAAAAAAAAAGACUUUAUAUAUGCUUUACAAUUCUUUGUCUCAUUAACA